AAAAUCUUAUGUUGAAGAAAAGAAACGUGACCUUGUCACGCGCGUUGGCAGCCUAAAUUUCAACCUUUUGGCCAGCAAGCGUCUCCAGAGCUCUCAACACUCUCGACUUACAUCUCCGUUUUGUUUUGUUUUCCCAUCUCAAGCACGCGCACACACAACAAGAAUGGAGACACAUUCUGAUGAUCGCAUCAUUUCGCGACUCGCCUGUGACAUUUAGCUUGAUCACUGCAAGGUCAUUCAUGACAUUAUCUCCGCAAAACUAUCGGCGAUUCAUCCAGAACGCCGUGUAUCGUCCUUGGGCCUGCUGGACACUUUACCAGCAGAGCUACUCGUCAUCGCACUUGAACUUUUCGACUUUCAGUCACUCUCACGUCUCUCGCGCGCUUGCUCGAGAGGCAAGAGAGUCGUUGAGAAUUACGUACCGUAUCAGCAUGUGACUCAGCAUGCACCGAAAGUUCCAACAGCGUUAACAAAGACGAACCUCGUUGGUUAUUACCCUGCUUCAGCGGUAUAUCGCACCCUCCGGACCCAUCGCUGCGUUUCCUGCUCAGAAUAUGGGGUCUUUUUAUACCUACCCACAUGCGAGAGGGUCUGCCUUGAGUGUCUUUUUCAAAACAGAGGCCUGUGGAUGAUGACGCCAAAGAUGGCUACAUGGUACUUCCGCUUGACACACCGACAAGUUCAGACCCUCCCUAUUAUGGAACUUAUCCCAGGGACGUACAGUCCCAGGGGCCCUGAAACGGUGCACGGCGAAGUUUUCCAGCUGGUUAAUGUGAAGAUGGCUAAAAGGUUGGCGGUUGAAGUUCACGGCUCCAUGAAGAAUCUGAACGACGUAUUGCCCCGACAGAUGAUAACAUCAAACAAUACUUAUCUUUUUUUUCGCUAUCGCGAAGCACUUCUGGAGGGACCAGGAUGCGACCCGUGGAAGCUUCCAGAACAGCGUAAUAUGGGUGAUGAUCCUUACGCUGGUGUGUCCAGUCUACGCGUGCCGUACAUUACAGACUCGAGAGCGGACUGGGGACAGCUUUGUAAGGGAUGUGAGAUCGCAUACAAGGACUUUAGGAAGGGGUCUCUGCCUUUGGGUGUUCUUGCAGGAUUACGUGCCCUUCACAGAAGACCAGGCCGACCUCUUAUUGCAUGAACAGCGAAAUUGCAUUCACGCCAUGGGCUGUUGGCCCACGCUAAAGACUGUUAUGGGGCACAGAAACUACUCAAGAGUUCGGGGGGCCAAGACCAAGUCGAGGCUCCCAACGUUGUUCCCGUUGCUAACGAUAGUUGAAAGUAACAGGUGCACCUCGCCCUGAGUCAUCUGUCAACUCAGAUGCCAGUUUCUGAAUUUCAGCCUUCCCCGUCUUCUCAUCAUAUUGCUCAGCAUGCUCAAAGCCAAUCAUCUUGACGUUCCCAGUGGACCGCUCGACAAUAAAGUUGUAGCGAUUGGCGUCUCCAUGGACAAACCCCAACUGGUGCAACUUGCGCAAAGCCGCCUCGCAUUUUGGCAGAUCCGCCAGUGUCGCAUAAUCGCCCUCUAUCUUUUCUAAAAGAAGCCCAAUAUUUCUACCUCCCUCGAAGAGGUGUCCCAAAACUUCGGGGGUUAUUCGGACCUCGUCAGGACUUUGCAACCUGGUCAAAGCUUCGUACGUCCUAGUCUCGUGCUCGAGUUGCGGAACGAGCCACUGCAGAACGGCAAUUUUGGAUAUGGCAGUCUUGUCCUGAUAUUCGACCUCUCGAACCCGUUGCUUGUGAUAUUUGAUGCGCUUCAACGAAAGAACGUCGAUGUGUCGUGGAUGCCAGGUGGAUUCGACCUUGUCCAGUGGUUCGAAAGAAAUAUCCGAUUGAACGCUGCCGUCCGGGCCGAGAGAAAGCCUCAUCUUCGUCCAGUCUGCGUCCGGGAAUGGGGGAAGUUCUGGCACAAGAAGAUAUGGCCUACAGAGCGUGUCUUCAUCGAAAAUGCGAUUGGGACUCGCAUAGCCAGGAAUUGUAACAUAAUGUACACGCUUACCGGCCCGAAUGCGGUAUAGUCCUUCGUCAUCGUCUAUUUCUUGGUUGAGGAUUUCAAUAUUCGACUUGGGCACAAUGUUUCCCUGCUUUGUAAUGGCGUUCGACAUAAUGGCAGUUAUAUCGGUGAUAGUGCUGAAGGAAGAAUCAUGGGGUUGUCAAGAAGUUUUAUAAGCAACAGGGCGCCGCGGUUCGAAGCAUCAAGGCAUGUUUCCCCGCCACUCAUAACAGUUAGCGGCAAAUGAUUCAACCCCGAAUCUGAUCUGGGCGCUUACGCCUCGCUGGGUAGUAGCCGGCGGUGGUUCUUCCUGGCCUGCGCCCAUACAGUCAUUUCAUAGGCCUAACUGCCAACGGUUGGUUAUUUGAAGAAUCUAAAAACUACAACCAAA